CAACUUCAAGUAGAUGCAGAUCUGAUAUUUGCCCACAAACACGUGCCCAACAACUUGAGAAUGAAGAAUAUAGUGAAUAGAUUUACCCUUAGUUUUUUCCCUCUCAGGUUGAAAUUCAAAAGCAGAUACAGUAUAAGCAAAAGAGGAUUUAGGAUUUUAGAUUUGAAAGAUGGUUCAUGAGAAAUUUACCCAUUUUGUGGUGCAAUCUUUUCUUCUCAAAGUCAGGGCUAUUUCUAUUUGGUUAGAAGAAUCCAACUCACAGAGAUACACACAAGCACAGAUCUUUUUUUCUCUUUCCUACACAGAAGUCACGUGCGAUCUGAGGUACUUCAUCGUGCUUUUCGCUUCUCUGCCCUCUGCGGCUCUGCCUCUGCCUCUGCCCCUCCUCUGCGACUGCCAUCCACCCACCAACGCAGACACAAAGCAAAUAAUACACAAAGAAAGAGAGAGAGACAUAGACAUAGUCUCUGUUUUGUGCUAUAUGCCUUCUUCUUUCUUACUUAUAUAAAUAAACUCUUCACUCAAAUCAAAUCGACCUCUACGUUUUAUUUUUAUUUUUAUUUUUGCUAAAUGGGUUCGUACACAAACUUGCAGCAGGCUUUUUCACAGCCGUCUUUACCAUUAUUAUUAUUACCAUGCACAAAGGUUGUGUCUCGAGAAAGAUCAGAUCUUGUAACUAUCUUAAUCUCACCACCACCAUCACCACGCACAGUCUGUGAUACAAUAAUGACUCUCUUUUUAUCCUUAUUAUCACCCCUUAAAUCUUCAUUUAAUCUUUCUACCUACAAUAUUAAUAUUAAACCAUACACUAUAAAUGUUUAACAUUUACAUUCAUCACUCCUCACUAGUACUACCUACUACUACUCUGUUUUUGUUUCAGUUUCUGCAGAAGCGGGAGGACCCUUUUCUUCUUUUGUUUCUGCCUCAGUAAUUAUCCUUGUCAGGCCCACUAAUUACUGCCCUCUGCCAUUCCCACAACUCAAUCUUUUCCUUAUUUUCAUUCACACCUAACAUUACUUCCGCCCUUCUUAUUUGUCCCUUGCUUUCCUGCUCCUACUUGUUUUUUUUUUUUUUUUUUUCCUUUUCUUUCAAAUGGCUUUUUUCUUCUUUUUUGCAAUUUUUUUUGGUACGUGACUGAGUGAAUAGAGAACGUUUUUCUCGGGCACCUACCGGUAAUUUAAGUUUCCGGUUAAUGGCGGCUCAUUCUGGCUCUGCUUCUUCAGUGCCUUCGCUGCCACCACCGCGUCCCAAAUCCCCUCCGGAAUAUCCUGAUUUGUAUGGGAAGCGCCGGGAAAUGGCCAGGGUUCAGGUUCUGGAGAGAGAGAUUGGUUUUCUUGAGGAGGAAUUAAAAUCGGUUGAAGGCCUUCAUCCAGCUUCCAGAUGCUGCAAAGAGGUUGCUGAUUUUACGGUUGCAAAUGCAGAUCCUUUUAUUCCUCUAAACCGGAAGAAUCGGAGGUCAUGGCACUUCUGGAAGUGGCUUUGUGGAAGGCCGUGUUUUAACUUCUCUUGGAUUUCUUGGAUAUGCUGUUGCUGUUAUUCUGGGUGCUCUAUUCAUCUAAAAUUGCCGCGAUGCUGUGACUGUAAUCCUUGUAACUGUAAUCCAUUUGCUUGUUGUUCAUUCCCUAAGUGUUUAUGUUGCUCUUGUCCGAAAUCACGCUGUUGUAGAAAGACCUCAUGCAGCAGAGACUGUUGUGUCUGUGGGUUUCCUACGUGCCCGGAUUGCUCUUGUUGCCCAAGCUGCUCCUCUUGUUGCCCAAACUGCUCUUCUUGUUGUCCAAACUGCUCCUCUUGUUGCCCAGACUGCUCCUCUUGUUUCCCGGACUGCUCAUGCCGCCCAAAGUGCUCCUCUUGUUGCACGGACUGCUCAUGUCGCGCAAACUGCUCCUUGUGUUGCCCAGACCGUGCAUGUUACCCGAAGUGCUCCUCUUGUUGCCCAGACUGUUCAUGUCACCCGAAGUGCUCCUCUUGUUGCCCAGACUGUUCAUGUCGCCCGAAGUGCUCCUCUUGUUGCCCAGACUGUUCAUGUCGCCCGAAGUGCUCCUCUUGUUGCCCGGACUGGUCCUGUUGCUCAACUUGCUCAUGUAUACCGGAUUGCUCAUUUGUAAAAAGAUCUGCUGCACUUGUAAUCCAUGUUGUCUAUUCUUCUAGCAUAUCAUAA